AGUAUAUUUACUUACAUAUAAUGUUUUGAUUUUGAAAACGUUUUUUACCUUCGCAAUAAGAAUUUAACGGAAACUCGCUAUUUUUCGUUAUGGCCGAGUAAAAACUGUAAUUAAUUUUCUUUACAGAAGUUAUUGAACCCGCGAAAAAGUUGUCUUGCCAACUUUAAGCAAUCAAUAUUCUUUGGAGAUAACCUCAAAGGAUUAGAGUCGUCAUUCAUAGCAUUUGGAUAAUGAAAUCAAUUAAAGUUAUCUUGAAGUUUGUUGAGCGACACGUGCGAAAUUGAUAUUAAGUAUAAGCUGUAACUGUUAAUACUCUUGACGGCGUGAUAGUCAAAGUGCAACACCAACAGCUGUCGCUUGGCCAGGACACACGUUCUAUGCGGCAGCCAGUUGAUGUUGGAAGGGGUCCCGCCGACUAGCCGGCAAAGUCUGGUAAUCGACACGCGGGAGUUGCGUCCAUGCGUCCGUUCGUUGCACACGUGUGUGUCCGGCAAUGUGUCGUUACAUAUUCAUGAAUAAAUUACAAUAUUACAUUUGAUCUUAAAAACUGUUAUUAUUCGUGUGUCCGGUACGGCGUGACCGGAUUUCAAACGCUGCGGUGUUUUAAUGGUGCAUUGUGAUGUACUUCCCGUACAGAAACAAAACUAGGCGCCAAUUCAGAACAAUCGUUUCGUUUUUCCCUAGACAAGUGUGCCUAAGUCGAUGGUGACUCGAUGAAAUCCAUGAGGUGAAAUUGACUUCAAGACAAUCGUCAUGAGUCUGUUCAAUACGUCUUACUUACUGGGUAACGACACUGUCGGGGGAUGGGGCCUUCGGUACUUUUUCACGUUUUACUCGGAAUUCGGUGAUGAGAAAACCGAGUCCACCAUCGAAGUGACCGUGCUCAUGGUGAUAUUUGCAGCAUCCGUCAUAGCCAACAUCACUAUAGCUUGGGCCGUCCUCCGUUACAAGGAGAUGAGGACCGUCACCAAUUGUUUCCUACUCAACCUCACUGUGGCCGAUCUAUUGUUUGCCAUCACCACUCCUAUAUUGGCCUACGUUCGGAUAUGGCCGAAUUGGCCUUUUGGAGAUCUCGUUUGUCGACUGCUACCUUAUUCUCAGUUUGUAUGCGGAUUCGUGCUGCUGUGGACUCUGACGCUGAUCAGUAUGGAUCGACAUAGAUGCAUUGUGGUGCCGCCGUAUCGGUCGCGACUGACGCCUAAGCGAGCUGCUUGGCUGACCGUGUUCACGUGGCUGAUCGCAAGUGUCGUGUUCAUGCCCGUACCUUUCUGGUUUCACCAACAGACUGUUCAUAAUGGAGAUAUAAAUAUUUGCACCUUAGUGUUCCCCAAAAACGAUACGUUCAGACUGUCUAUCGUUUUCACGGUGACUGUAGUAUCGUUAUCCUGUCUGCUGCCCCUGUCGUUAUUCGUUUACCAUUAUCAGCGAAUAUUCCACAAACUUAACAAAACGCGCCGACGGCUUCAACAGUCAGCAACUUACCGCACGAAAACCAUGUCGCAAAACAGCCUGUCUCCGCCGUCGUCAAAUUCUAUUCCACAGGUAUUAGUACGACACGAGGAACUCAGAUACAAAAAACACGUCAGAGUGGUGCGGGUAUUGUUAAUCAACGUCAUAGUCGUGCUAGUCAUGUGGUUGCCCAUAACUGUAGUCAUGUGUCUUAUCUAUGUGGACGGCAGCAGGGACACGGACGACACAAACUUCUUCCUGCGAUCGCAUCACUUCAUUAUGAGCUUGCUUUUCGCUUUACUCAACACUGUUGUCAACCCAAUACUGUACGGUGUCUUAUCGGAAAAUUUCCGAAAAUGUUUUGCCCGUUUGUGGUUCAUAUCUAAAAGGCGGCGAGCCAUGAACCGUGAACUUUUGGACAACAUGAGCAAAGGAUGUCGUACGCCCAGCAACGGUAAUAAUAAUUCAGCGCUACACCCGGGCAGUUCAGCGUCCGUCGUCGAACUACCUCCAACUAAUUGUUGGUAACAACCUAGAGGCGUUAAAGCUUUUCACUAGGACUUGAGUUAUUUUUCAGUGAAUAAUCAAAACAUUCCGGCGUUGGUUGAAUGAGUUACUCAGUAAAAUUAAGUACCAUUUUGAUGCCAAAGUAACUUAAUUUUAUGUAAGCCCAGUAUUAUUAAUUAACGGUUAAUGUAUUUUUUACUUUACUGUAAAAAAGUGUUGUAUGUCAUUAUCAACGAUUUAAUUGUUUGAUAAACAAUUGUCUAGAAAACAGAGUUGUUUUUUACUAAAAUAACGACUUGAUUCGGUAUGUGAUCUCAUUAUGUCAACAAAUUUCAAUAGACUAUUAAUAAUAAUCAACCAUGUUUUCUAAACUAAUUUAUAAUACAAACCAACUAUAUGUAUUUCUCAAGUAUAAUAUUUAAUCAAAAAGAGUAUAUAAUGAUCAAAUUUGUAAUGUUUAAAAAUUAGAAUCGACUAAUAUUGUUGCAAUUAAGAUUAUAUACAAAAUUUUUUAUACUAAAUGUGAUUUUUAUUUAUGUUUUAUAAUGUUUUAAGUCGGGUAAUCGACUAAUCAAGAUAUUUAUUUAUUUAUUGAAUAUGUUCAAAAUUUGUACUAUAAUUUUACAGUUCAUUACAUGUAUUAAUUUUCGGUUUAUUGAAAUAUUUACAAGUAUUGUAUUAAUUUAUUAAAUGUAAUAAAACAUUGUGAUUUAUUUUAAUACUAUGUCAUUUUUAGUGUUCAUUUUUUUAUUAUACCGUAACA